AUGGAAAAAGGAAAGCAGGUUCUUAUAGACUUAAAUAGUGAUAUAGCAGAUGACAUAUUGCAUGAUUUUGAAAAUGAUGAAUAUCAGCACAUGGACUUCCAUCAGAAAAGCAAGGAUGAGUUAGCAUCCAAUGAAGCCAUUGCAAGCAAGGACGAGUUAACAUCAAUUGAAGACAUUGCAAUGAGGGAAGAUUUAACAUCUACAGAAGAUGGGCUGUCAAGCUUUGAUUCUACCAUUCAAUCACAGUACAUCAACACUAGUUUCAAUGGAGCUGAAAAUACGCCAAGCAGUAACUUUUUAGCUUCCACCCUCCAAAUCCAGCAGGAUAUUGACAGCUCAGAAUCAACCCACACCACAGCUUUGCAGCAUCAGAGGCUCUACAGAAGCAGCUCAACAGCUCCAAGACUAGCCCAGCAAUCAGCAACACUAGUUCAGUAA